UAUAUGCACGUAUUGACAUGUCCUAGCAAAUCAUACAGAUGGUCAACAGGCUAUUAUGACUCCAUUGCCAUCAUGUAAUCCAUGCACUCUCCGUGCAUACGCGACUUCAAUAUGUGGCCCAUCAUCUUUGAUGCUUGAGAACCAAACGAUAUCCCAACCCAAAGUCAUAACGACAGCAACCACAUCCUAUUACAUAUUCACCUUCAAAGAUGGGCGAGAACCGAUCACUUCGACCGAAGUCGUCAGCAGUACUUUCAUUCCGGAGACCACAUCAACCGUGUCCAGUGGAAAUCAGACAACGGAGUUGAUUACCACAACCGAAGUCACGUACACACUAGAUGAGUAUCGUGGCAUACAAUUGUAUUGGAUUCAUUUAAUCGUCCUUUCUUUCAGUCUACUCACAAUUCACAGUACAUAUCCCACCCCAUAUGUUCUCUUCACAGAAUUUCAGUAUGGUCCAGAAUGCACUGGAACGCCCAGCCCCUUAGAUAUAGACCCUUAUUUUGAUUACAAAAGCCUGAUCGUACCAGCUCAGGAUGCUCAACUUAUGGUUCCUCCAGGGGUUAUCGAAUUUCUGGAACAAGGAAUCCCUGAUGUAGAGCUCUCCAACUGUACGACCAACGUCGAGAAUGCGUAUGCUGCUUGUCCAGCUAUUGGCUCACGCGGAACAUCUGCCCUCCCCAUUCUAAAACGCCAUGUGGGUGAAAAAAACCAUGGUCCACGAGCGCGUCUUCCCGUGCCAUUCGGCCCACGACACUACCCCCUACCACCUCAACUAGCAGCGCGCGCCGGCCCCACAGGAACCGGAUUUCCAAGCACUGGCGCAUCCAUCACUCCCAGACCAAGCGUCUACCCGACCCAACACCUAACUAUGACCACCACAGACGACGGAGGCCUUCCAGAGACCACCGCACCUGCGUCCUUCAUCGCCUCGCCUUCGCCAGAUGCACCGCCUCUGGGAGCAGAACCGCCCGACACGCCUCAUAUCCCUCCGCAAGGAGGAAACGGCGCGGGUGCACCCAUCCAACACACGACCCAACUCUUCUUGCUCACCGGCUCUCAGACCACCAUUAUCCUCGACGGAGACGCAAAACAGCCACCGCCUACCCCAGGUCCGCCAGGAUUAGCUCCACCUGGAGGAAAUGGUGAAGAUGGGGGGAGCAACUCCAACUUGCCACCGGGAGCGCCGGGUUUGUCCGGGAAUAAGAACCCUGGUUCAGGCUCUUCUGUUGCCGACACGAUCAUCGAUCUACUUACGGAUCCUUCGCUGUCUGGGGGGUCUUCCCCGCAGGGAGGGUCCCAACCACCCGCAGUUCCUCCGCUACCAAAUAUCCCUCCACCUCCAAGGUCCCCUCCAUCAUCUGGAGGUUCUCCGCCAUCUGGAGGUUCUCCGUCGCCUGGAGGUUCUCCGUCGCCUGGAGGUUCUCCGCCGUCUGGGGGCUCUCCGCCGUCUGGGGACUCUCCACCGUCUGGGGGCUCUCUGCUAUCUGGAGGUUCUCCGCCAUCCGGAGGUUCUCUAUCCGGAGGCUCGCCGCCACAGAGCGGCCCACCACAGUCAGGAGGCUCUCCUUCAGGGAAUGGAGGGCCCGCACCGUUCAGUGGCUCACCUCCGAGUGACAAUAGUGGACAAAAUGGCGGAACAGGUAGUGUCGGCGACAGAAUUGCGGAGACUAUAAGUGAGAUUCUCGGAGGAGAAGCUGGUGGUUCGGGAAGCGGAGCGCCGCCUAGUGGAAAUAUUCCCGCCAGACCAGGAAGCAAUGGUGGACAAGACAGUCAGCCACCAUCUGGUGGCUCUCCAGGAAGCGAAUCAGGAAGCGGAAGCGCAUCUAACAAUGGGUUACAGUCGGGUGGAGGUUCUCCUCCCGGUGUUCAGUUAGUUCCCAUUGGCGGCACCCCCAUUCAAGUGUCUGCCCUUCCACCUGCCGCUGGAGGAGGCGUGGUAAUCGGCUCCCAAACUGUUCAGCCCGGGCAGGUUGCAACAGUGAACGGUAUCCCGGUUUCCGUUCCAACUGCAGCCAGUGGUUCGGGAUCACCGGCAAUCAUUGUCGACGGGACCAGCACGAUAGCUCUGUCUGGCAACGGCGGAUCGCCAGCACCGACUCCACGACCUGUCCUCACCUUUGGAGGGUCAACAGUCACAGCUGGUGCAUCCGGUGGAUUUGUCGUAGCCCCUGGUACGACCGUCAGUCCAGGCGGACCCGCCGCGACGGUCAACGGCCAGAUCAUCAGCAUCGCCCCAGGCGGCUCCAUCGCCAUCGUCAACGGCGCAACCCAAACUCUCGCCUCCCCAACCAACCCCACCAAGCCCCCCGUCCUAACAUUCGGCGCAUCCACCAUCACCGCAGACCCAACUGGCGGCUUCAUCCUCGCCCCCGGCACUACCCUCCAACCCGGCGGGCCUGCCCUCACCAUCUCCAGCCAAACCCUCACUCUCCCCCCCGACGGCACUAUUGCCAUCAUCAACGGCGCCACCCAAACCCUCCUCCCCACCCUUCCUAGCACCCCUUCCCUCCUCACCCUCGGCCCCUCGAUCCUCACCGCCAACCCCUCCGGAGCUUUCGUUAUCGCCCCCGGCACGACCCUCACCCCCGGCGGCGCCGUCACCUUCUCCGGCACGACCCUCUCCCUCCCCGCCAGCGGAGCCGCCGUCGUCAUCAACGGGCAGACCGGCGCGGGGCCGGGGACGACGGCGGCGCCAGCGCUGACGAUUGGGGGAAGGGUGGUCGCACCGACGGUGGGGGCGGAGAGGACGUGGUAUGAGGUGGCGCCUGGGGUGACGUUGACGGCGGGAGGGGCGGUAGUGGUUGGGGGGACGACGGUGAGUUUGGGGACGGCGGGGGGGUUGGUGGUGGUGGGGAGUGAGACGAGGGAGAUGGUGGGAGAGACGACGGGGACGAGGACGGGGGCGGGGAGGGAAGGGGAGGCGGCGUCGAGGACUGGGGGUGGAGCUGCGUCGAGAAGUUCGGGGGCAGGUGGGAAGGUUGGAAGAGAUGGGGUGGUGGAGGGGAUGGCGGCGGGUGUAUUUGGGGUAUUGCUGUGGUUGGUUUGAGAGCGGUUGGAGUGAUGUUGUAUGAUAGUGAUGAUAUAUGACACGACGCACGAUUUGAUAUCAUGUUGACUUGGUACCCUAGUAACAACCGAACAUAGACGUCCAAGCUAUGCAAUAAUAAUAAUAUUCUACCUUCCUAUACAAUACCUAUUAUGUCUAUUCCCCUCCGAAGCGAUGCUCCAGCCUUCCAAGAAAUCCCAAAUUCACAAAGGUCCGUGGCGACGAGUUGGUGACGUGCAACAUCAUCCCCUUU